AUGGAACUGCACGACGAACCAAAAUCUGAAAAGAUGGUUAUGAUAGAUAAUGCAUCUGUCUCAGUUGUCAAAUCUUUAUCUGCAACUAAUGAUUCGAAAAUCAGACGAAUACGAAAAAAUCUCUUAAUUAUACUCAGCAUUUGCCUGGGCCUUACGGGAAUGAUUUUAAUAACUACAUAUUUUUUUCAAACAGCGGUUUUUCCUGAUUCAAAAUAUGGUUAUUUAUACUUAGUCGUAUUAAUUGGUGUGAUUCUUAUUUUGAUUGUGUUCUACAGUUUUGGUAUAUUCGUCACUUCUCGAUAUCAUCAUACGGGUCUACGCGUGUUUGCUUGGUUGAACAUAAUUUAUCUCAUUAUUCUUGGCAUCACACUGAUUGGUCUUUUCUUAUUGCUUAUUCCACAGAUUAUACAUGUGAAUAAUAGGAAAGGUGGACCCAUUGGUCUUGCUAGUGCCUUCGCAAUUGCGAUGCUUCUUCUUUUUAUAAUAAUUUGUCUUACUGCUUUUAUCAUCACAGUAUUUAUUGUAAAAUUUGUCUUCAAAUUGGUCAGACUUAUUGCUAACAAUAAAUGUUUAACCACAUAG